AGAAAGAAUAGCCUGCCCCCAACCUGAACUGCUUGCCCUUUGAAAAGCUUACUAAAUAAGGAUAUUAUGUUUGGAUUGGCUAUACCCUGUUUCCUUGUUCUUUGCCUUUGAUUUUUCCAGCCUAGAAUGUAAGCCCGCCUCCCAGCUAAUGGGAUAAGAUUUUUCCGACCCUUUUUGUCCUUGGUGCUGGGGAGAAGUUUCCCCGCUUAGACUGUGAGCUCCAAAGCCCAGCCAAUGGGAAGAAGAGCCAGUGGGUGGGCAGGGGGAUUGCGUUAGGAUCUGAACACAUUCCUGCUGUCUUCAGUGGGCGCCAUCUUUUGGGUGCUCUGAGAGAGCCGUUUCUCGAGAAAGCCAGCAAACGAACUAUUCUUUUUGCUAAUAUCUCUGAGUCUCCAAUUUAUUGGUAAGGGUCUUCGUAGCCCACACAGGCUUGUCAACCAUUUGGUUUGCUCCAAAGAAACAAACAAUCAGUUUCCCCCUUAACCGAAGGUUUGAUCUAAUAACAAACAGAAUGGGGUUCACCUUUCCAAAGGUUUGACGAGGAACAAACAAUCAGGCCGUACAUGUGCUAUAAUGUGUUUAUUUAUUCUCAUUAAGCCAAAGAAUGAUGCGUGCAUGGGAGUCAGAAAAUAAUUCUGAACUCAGAAUAAACAAGCUGGAGGAGACCCUUUAUACAUUUAGAGCAAUCUCAACUCAGGAUGCUUGUGUCAACCAAAAUUAUAGUCUCCAUUUAUGGGUUAACCAUAACAUGAGAAAGGAAUUUCUUAAUAGGAUAGAUUGUAUAUACAGUAAGAUAAAAGAAGUAUGAAAGUGUCAAUCAAAAUUGUAGAUCCAGGAUGUCUGUGUUACUUUUCUCAUUAACAUGACUAAAUAUGUGUGUGUGUGUACAUAUAUAUCAUAACAUAGCAUGACAUGUGUCCAUAAAAUAGCAAGAUAAAAUAAGUCCCAAUAUUCAAGAUAGUGUUCAGUUCAAGGUGCCUAGUCCUUGGUAGUCAUAAACCGCAGAAUGUUCUUGGUCAGCUUCAUCUGGCCUUGUAGCUGCUGACACAGGAAGGGGCAUUUUGAGUUCACUCAGAGAGCAAAGCAAAGCAUGUCUGUUACACCAGAGCAUAAAAGGCAGUAUGAUAGGUUAAGCUUAGAGCGGGCCAAAAAAUGUCUUUCUCCUGACUGGCCAAUCCAGGUUUUAGGCCUUUCUUAGGUGAUGGGGGUGGGGGGGGCUCAAAAAUGGUUCGCAGAGUACAGCCAGUCAAAAGGCAUGGAGUGAAAAACCAAACUUCCUGCCCCAAAGGAGCUUAUGUUCUAUUGAGGGCCAACAACAUUGAAGUAGAACAGAAUACAAAGUAAACUCAAGGUAAUUUAGGGGGAGAUCUAGAAGGUCCUUAUGUAGGAGAUAGCUCUUGAAACGAAGCUUGGAGGGAGGCAGAGGGAGGUAUGGCCCAGGAUUAGGGAGAGCCUGGGCAAAGAUAUAAAAACAGAAAGCACUGUGAGUACAUUUUGGCUGGAAGGUACAGUGUGUGAAGGGGAAUAAUAUGUAAUAAGUCUGGAAUGGUAGAGUAGAGCCAAAUUGUGAAAGCUUGAAGUGCAGUUUCAAUCCAUUGCCUAAUAAGGAAAGUUCACAGAAUCUCAGGAGUUAGAAAAGAUCCCAUGAUGAACAGAAAUCCUCUGGAGCAGUGGAACUCCAGCCCCGGCUUGAAGAGCUCUGGUGUGGGAGAGCUCCCUGCUUUAUGAGGAGUACAAGUACAUUUGGAGUAUCUUGAAGAACAGGCCUUAUGAAGUACAAAGUACAAAGUACCUUUUCCUUUGAAUUCUCUGCCUUCCCAGCCUACCUACACAUCCGGGUCCGCCCCGUACACACCCUACAAGUUAGAAGAAGAGCUCACCAAUUAGUGGUCUGAUUAUUCAGAGUACCAGGGACUGAACAGAAAGUUCUGCUGACUAGUUUCAACACCUCCAGAGUAAACUAAGAUCUGAGAUCUGAAAAGAUCCUAGAAAAGUGAAAGACUUUCAGAGGAGAACUCGAAAGCAUGAGAUGCCUGAAGUUUCUGCUUUUCCUGAUAAACUGGAGAGUCGCAGGGGCUGUUCCAGGUCAAUUCUGGCACAUCUCAGACCUGCACCUCGACCCAGAGUAUAACGCCUCUGGUGAUCCACUACAGGUGUGUCCAUCAGCAGGUUCCCAGCCCGUGUCCAGUGCAGGUGUGUGGGGGGAUUAUCUUUGUGAUGCACCCUGGAUCCUCAUCAACUCUUCCAUUUAUGCCAUGAAGGCACUCUUGCCCAGCCCGGACUUCAUUCUCUGGACUGGCGAUGACACGCCUCACGUCCCUAACGAGAAACUGGGAGAAGAAGCUGUGUUGAAAAUAGUGAAACAUUUGACGGAGCUCAUUCGAUUAGUAUUCCCAGAAACGAAAGUCUACGCUGCUUUGGGAAAUCAUGAUUUCCAUCCCAAAAACCAGUUUCCAGCUGGAAGGAACAAUAUAUACAACCAAGUGGCAGAUUUGUGGAGGCCCUGGCUUAAUAAUGAAUCGAUCUCUCAGUUCAAAGAAGGGGCCUUCUAUACGGAGAGGCUGCCUGGUCCAAACCAGACUGGACGCAUCGUGGUCCUCAACACCAAUCUGUAUUAUACCAGCAAUGAGCAGACGGCUGGCCUCGAUGACCCGGCAAGCCAGCUUCGGUGGCUGGACGAUGUGCUGAACAAUGCCUCCAGAGAGGGAGAGAAGGUGUAUGUCACUGGCCACCUGCCCCCUGGCUUCUUUGAGAAGACCCGAAACAAAGCCUGGUUCCGGCCCAGCUUCAAUCAACGCUACGUGGAAAUCAUCAGGAAGUAUCAUCACGUGAUUGCCGGGCAGUUUUUUGGUCACCACCACACUGACAGCUUCCGGAUGUUUUAUGACGACACAGGUGACCCCAUCAGCGUCAUGUUUCUAGUUCCGGGGGUGAGUCCCUGGAAGACAACGCUUCCUGGGGUGAACAACGGAGCCAAUAAUCCUGGGAUCCGAGUCUGGUACUAUGAUCGAGAUACCCUACAACUUCAGGACAUGGUCACAUAUUAUUUAAACCUCACCCACGCCAACCUGCAUGCCCCAAGGUGGGAGAAGGAGUAUCAACUGACCGAAGCCUUCCAGGCCCAGGAUGGCUCAGCAGCCUCCAUGCAGCAGGUGCUGGACCAGAUUACGCAGGAUAACCGUGCCCUGCAGAGAUACUACCAGUACAACUCCGUCAGUUAUGACUUGGACCCUUGUGACCAGGGCUGCCGGCUAGAGCACCUGUGUGCGGUGAGGGAGGUGGACUUUGCAAACUAUGAAAGGUGUAUUGAGUCGGCCAGCUCCCCUUGUGGGCUGUCGGGGUCCCUGCUCCUCCUCUGCCUGAUGAUGGGGCUUCACUUGAUCGGAGCCCUGACACCCCAGCAGGAGAGAAGCAUUGUGGGGAGAGAGGGCCCAGAACAGGCACAGAGAUUCUGAAGCCCAAACCUUCUGGGCUGCCGUGGAGUCAAACGGAUACAUGUGGAAAGAGCAGUGGACUGAGAAAGCCCUUCACAGCUGGCCCCUCCCACCUUCCCAAUCUUCCCGCUCUAAGUAAUCUGCCUUUCAGGGAGAGUGCCAGAAGGAAACUAGAAUUUAUUAAGCUCCUAUCCCUACCGUGUAAGCUUCUACUGUGCUAGCACUUUACAAAUGUUAUUUCAUUUGCUCCUCACAAGCACCCUGGGCGGUAGGUGCUAUCAUUAUCCCCAUUUG